AUGUCCAACGAUGCUUAUAUCACCGCUCGUCAACUAUGGGGACAGUUGAGCACUACUACCACCGGGCACACCGCUUCCGAGGCCUGGUGCACGCCGCUGAUUCUACCCAGUGGAGGCGUCAUUGUCUUCGAGAACGACCAGACCAGCACCCUUCAAGCCCAAGUGACCUUCAAGCUUCCCUGCGAAAAUUCCAACCCCAUUAUUAGCCCCGAUACGACCGGCAAUUCCACCGUGAUCGGCUUCCAGGACCCCUUUUAUGCGUCGAUAUCCCCCCAGAUAUUUGCUCUUGCGACCGCGACCGUCAUCAGCUAUGUCCUCGUUAUUCUUAUCUUCAUCACCCCGAGGACCUUCUUCGUUGGCGGGCCUGGAGGAGGCGCUGGAUUUCUGGGACGUCGCGGCCGGAUCCCCGGGUCAUAUGCAUCUUCUUCAAUCGUCGGGGUGGGGCGGAGGCCGCUGCUUCAAAAGAUCGCAACCGUCACGGUUGCGAUUUCACUGACGAUCGCCACGGCCGAUACCUUUGCGGUGGCUGAAGAUCAAUACAAUCAAGGGUAUAUGGAUUCGAGUUUGCUGGUUGACAAUGUGGUGGGAAGUCUCGAAAUACGUAUCAUUCGGGUCAUAUCGGACACGUUCCUGUGGCUGGCACAGGUCCAAACUUUGAUUCGAUUGUUUCCACGACACAAAGAGAAGGUCACGAUCAAAUGGCUUGGAUUCGUCAUGGUGUCGCUCGAUACGAUCUUCAGCAUCUUGGACUCGUUUGUGAGCGGGAACCCCCGGACCCGGCCCCGGAGUUUCCAGGACGCCAUUCCGGCACUGAACUAUCUGUUUGAGCUGUCGAUCUCACUCAUCUAUGCGUCAUGUGUGGUUUAUUAUUGUCUAUCAAAAAGACGGUUUGCAUUUUGGCAUCCCAAGAUGAAGAACAUCUGUCUGGUGGCCUUGUUAUCCCUGGUUUCCGUCGUUAUUCCUGUGGUAUUUUUUGUGUUGGACAUCUCUCAACCCAACCUAGCGGGAUGGGGUGAAUACAUUAGAUGGGUGGGCGCUGCCGCUGCGAGCGUGGUUGUUUGGGAAUGGGUGGAACGAAUUGAAUCUCUGGAACGGGACGAGAGAAAAGAUGGAAUUCUUGGAAGGGAGAUAUUUGAUGGUGAUGAAAUGCUCAACAUGACCCCGUCGGAAGAUGCCAGCUGGCAUGGCCGUGAUUCCACCAGUGGCCAAGGCGGAGAUGGUCGCAAGAAUGUGGGAGAUGGCGUAGUGUCGCACUAUAAACGACUCCGGCUUCGCCUUCCGCUCCGAAAACGCCGCCGGGCCGCACCACCGGACGGAAUCAGCACAGGAGCGGACGCGAUGAACACGACUGGUCCGCGAAUGGCGCCGAAUUCGCAGUUGCCGAUACCGGAGCCCGUCAUGACGCCCCCUAGCAGAAGUGACACCGGAAGCGCGGCGAGUACGGUUUACGCCAUUCGUUAUCACAACCUGACCAGUCCAUCACCAAAUCUUCACCAGGAAGCGCGUUUGCCGCAAGAGAGGAAUACUCUGGUUGAAGUCCCCAAGGUGAUGACUGACCGGUCUGGUUCGGAAUCAUCCGCGUCAGCCACAGAUAAGGAGAUCGUGCUCGAGACGAAUCCUCAAAAAGCUCGGACGACGGCAGGAUUUAUUGGUCGGCAUAUGUGGCGGGCGGUACCCCACCCAUUCAAACGCCGAAAAGCUGAACCGCCAGCGGAGGUAGCAGAUGCUCAAAUUGCGAAUGGUUGGCGACGAUCUCCGAUCGACCGGACUUUGAACCUGCGCGAUAGAUUCGGAGCAUUUGCAUCUGCUCAAAGAGAGCGGUUCGCUAGCCGAGGGACCGUCUCAGCGGCCGUUCUGCCGGUCACGGUUAUUCCAGCCCCGAAGAACAACGACAGAACUUGGUCGCCGGACGAUGUGCGUGACGGUGCGGCCAGCGAUGGUGCUAUUGCCAUGAAUACCGUGGCUGCUUCGAGACCACUACACGAGCGUUCGGGAGCGCCAACGGGAUCUGGCGAUCUAGCCCAGGUGAUGGUUAUCCCAGCUCCGACACCGGGCCGGACUUGGUCUCCCAAUGAUGCCGAUGAUAUGUCGACAAGUGGUCCUCCCCAGACUCCCAGUUCGAGCGAUGAACGCUCAGACUCAGCGGCUCGACCGGACUCCAGCCCAGCUUCCGGGGAUGUUCUUGCCAGUCACAAUAUAUAUAUUCCCAGGGGAUCUCUGACCAUAUCCGAAUCGGAGCCAAGGGUAAGCCGUGUGGCGGAUGCUGCACACCCCACUUCGCCCCGGUCAGCGUCAUACGUACCACCACCAGAGAUCGUCCCCAUCCCUGAGACCACUGCCGAUGACGUGUCGGUCGAGAGUGACGAUGCUGGUGGGCAGGCCAUAGGAAAUACAUCUUCUAUCCCCGCGAGAGGAACGGAGGAACCAAGCGACGUGGAUGUGAGUACCCCAGCGGAAACAGAAGCGGUGUCUACAGUGUCAUCUGAGUCUUCGCCAACCAUUGUCGCGAAUCCGUCCCCGCAAGAGCAGCAACGAGGUCGAAUGAGUUCUGAUACCAGUGCCUCGGAGGAUGGCAGAGAUACGGGGGGCACGAGAGCCUCAUGA